AUGGGUCUCUUUGACGGCCUCUUCUCCGGCCGGCGCGGCGGCGGCAGCAGGACGGACGGCGCGGCACCGUCGGCGGCCAUGGACGUAAGCGCGGCACCGGCGGCGGCGGCCAUGGACGACGUAGCGGCGGCAUCGUCUUCGUCGCAGCACUACGGCAUCCCUCACCUCUCGCCCACCGCCGCCUCCGUCGUCGACCGAUGCGCGCGGAUCGCGGGCGUGCCGGUGGAGCAGCUGGUGCGGCGGUGCGAGCCGGAGCAGGCAGACCAGCCGACCCCGCCUACGCCGCCGGUCGUGCACGCGAGGAGCCUGGUGGAGUACUGCUCCUACGUGGCCCUGCGCGCCGAGACCAGGCGCCGCCACGACCACCUCGGCGACAAGGAGUUCCACUCCCUCACCUACGACAUGAUGCUCGCCUGGGAGGCGCCCGAUCAGGAGACGGAAGCAGAGUUACAGAAAGCGGCAUUCAGCGGGGACGGCACGGACGACGACGACGGUGGAUCCAUAUUCUACUCUAGCCCCACGCAGAUGGCAAUUCAGGUUGACGGGAGGAGGACGGUCGGGCCGGAGGCGUUCGCCAAGAUCGCCCCGGCGUGCCCCGCCAUGGCGCACCCGAUCACCGUCCGCAACCUCUUCGACGCGCUCACCAACUCCACCGGCGGCCGGCUCCACUUCCUCAUCUACCACAAGUACCUCAAUAGCCUAGACAAGGUGCUGAGCUCCGCGAGACUCGUGUCAGGCGGGCACAAGGCGCCCGAUCUCGACCUCUUGGACGGUGAGGUGGUCCUCGACAUCUUCGGCGCCGCCACCACGCAGCCGGUUCUCCAGCACAUCGGGACGUCCACCUGGCCUGGGAGGCUCACGCUGACGAACCACGCCCUCUACUUCGAGGCCAUCGGCGUCGAUUUCUCCUAUGGGGACGCCGUCGUGUACGAUCUGGCCAAGGACCUCAAGCAGUGCGUGAAGCGCGAGUCCACCGGCCCGUGGGGCGCUCACCUCUUCGAUAAGGCUGUUAUGUACAAAUCUAGCUCCAUAAGCGAGCCGGUGUUCUUUGAGUUCCCCCAAUUCAAAGGCCACAGCCGCCGGGACUACUGGUUCGCGGUCAUCAAGGAGGUGCUGCACGCGCACAAGUUCAUCAGGAGGUACAAGCUCGCCAACUUCCAGAAGGCGGAAGCGCUCUCCGUCGCGACCUUGGGGAUCCUCCGGUACCGCACCGUGAAAGAGGGGUUCCACAUACUGCCGGCGUAUUUCAAGACCACCCUGGCCUUCAACCUGGCAGAGAAGCUGCCCAAGGGGGACAAGAUACUGGAGGCGCUGUACGGCCAGCUGAAGCAGCAUUGCUCAAGGUUCAGAGGGAGUGAUGACUUGGCAGCACAGAGCAGUUCCGAUGAUCUGACGCUCGUUGAUCCGUUCCCGCUGUCGGCGCAUACACUGGUGAGGAUGGGCUUGCUGACUCUGAAGGAGGAGGACAAUCCUGAGGAAAGGGAUUUUGCUGCCGGAGAUGUACAGAUUGGAGGAACUAGCUCGGUCCAAAUGGCACUGGAGCGAUCUGUUGGGUAUUCUGGUAGAGUGGAGGCAGCACGCGCUACGCUCGAUCAGGUCAAGGUGGAGGACAUAGACACGAAUGUUGCUGUCCUGAAGGAACUGUUGUUUCCUUUGAUUGAAAUAGGCAAAAGGCUUCUCUUUUUGGCCGAGUGGGAAGAUCCACUUAAGUCAUACGUCUUCUUGCUCUGCUUCCUCUACAUAGCUUACAAAGGCUUUAUAUGGUACAUUCUCCCUGGAUUUUUGCUCGGCUCGACGGUGUUCAUGCUAUGGAACAAGUACCACGGGGACAUGCAGCUGAUCGAAGCAUUUGAAGUCACAACUCCACCUCGACGACGAACCGUCGAACAACUCCUUGCUCUGCAGGAAGCCAUCUCUCAGCUCGAGGCACACGUGCAAGCUGGGAAUAUAUUUCUCCUCAAGCUCCGGUCCCUCAUGCUAGCGGCAUUCCCUCAGAGCACCAACAAAGUUGCCGUGGCGAUGCUCGCCACGGCUGCAGCAUUUGCGUUUCUGCCGUUUAGAAGCAUACUCGUGCUCAUUCUGCUGGAGACUUACACGAGGCAUAUGCCUAUGAGAAAGAAGAGCAGUGAGAAGCUGGUGAGGAGGUUGAGAGAGUGGUGGCUCCGGAUCCCAGCUGCUCCUGUACAACUCUUGAGGCCUCACGACAGCAGAAGAUGGAGAUCGAGGUUGAGAUCGAGAUAA